UGAACGGAGCCGGCAUUUCGAGCAUACUUUGUGAUUGUGCAUUGUGUAGUGAAGUACUCAGUGCGAUAUUCGCCUUCUAUUCCCUGUGUGAUCAUCAAGUUAUUCUCAGUGAUUGUGAUCGAAGUGAUUUGCUGUUCUUUACAGCUUUUAAUAAGUUCUCAUCUACUUUCUCGCAACUUUUCCAAGUGAUUAUUAAAGAUGCAAUCUGCUCUCCGUGCCGCAUUGUUGAACGAACUUGUGGAUGAGCUGACCAACCCACUCUCCGCACUAACUGACCAGAACUUUGGCAUUGGAUUGUUGACUGAUGAGUUGAACUCACGUCCCCGUUACCAACACACAGCUCUCUCUCUUCCCUUGGCUGCAGGUUACGUCAGGCCAUGGCGCAUCUCUCCAGCCCAGCAGAGUGGAGUCUCCAAUAUUCACCAUGACAAAGCAGCUUUUAAGGUCAACCUUGAUGUUCAGCAGUUCCAGCCUGAAGAAGUCAGCGUGAAAGUCGUUGACGGUUUCCUAGUUGUAGAAGCUAAACAUGAGGAGAGGCAAGACAAGCAUGGCUAUAUCUCCCGAUCUUUCACUAGGAGGUACAAAUUACCCAAAGACAUCAACGAGGAUGCUAUUGUAUCCAGUCUAUCCUCUGAUGGUGUUCUCACGAUCUCAGCAACAGUCAAGAACCAAUUGCCAAGUGGUGAAAGGCAAAUUCCAAUCACUCAGACCAAUCAACCAGCUUUGAAGAAAGCAAAAUCUGAUGCGCCCCAGGAGAACGGCAAAGGCGACAAGAUGGAAUCUUAAACCAAGUUCCAUUCUUUGCACCAGUGUGAUUAUUAACGCCGGUGCGUGUGAGUUCCUUACAAUUCAUUCUAUCACCUCUCACCAUUGUAUCACGAUUUCGUUGUGACCUUCUUUCAGGAAGGUCCUUCUCUCAUCGAUAAUUUGUACUCUUUUUGUAUUCUUUCAUUUAGUAUUAAUUUUUUUAAUUUUUCAUCUCACUUAAAGUUAACUUUAAGUUUGUAAGACUUAAGAAUUACUCUUGUUCCAUUUUAAACUUAAAUUAUUCCAAGUCAUUAGUUUUCCUAAAGUCCUAGUAUGUACAUUUUUGAAGGAUUGUAUGUACUCUCUCUUUCCAAAUUUUAAGUAGGAUUCCUAAGUAAAGUUAAUAAAACUAUUCUUUUUUCUUUAAA